CUCUCUCUCUCUCUCUCUCACUGUGUAGGUGGAAGAAUAUGGAAAACCAGAAAGAAGGUCAUGAGCUUAUAUCCAUGACAUACACCUGGACGAUCGACAACUUCUCUAAGCUCAAAACCCGCAAACACUACUCUGAUGGUUUCGUCGUUGGCGAUUUCAAAUGGCGGAUCGUGGUGUAUCCAAAGGGCAGCAAUGGGAGGCAAUUCUUGUCCAUGUACUUGAAUGUUGCAGAUGCUUCCAAGUUACCAUCUGGGUGGAGUAGAUAUGCCGAGUUCACCUUGACUGUCGUUAAUCAAUUUAACAGCGACAAAUCCAUAACCAUAGACACUCAGCAUCAGUUUAGUGCAAAGAAAAGUGAUUGGGGCUUCACAUCAUUCAUGCCUCUAAAUGAGCUUUAUGACCAGAAUGAAGGUUAUAUUGUGGAUGACAUAUGUAUUGUCGAAGCUGAGGUUGCAGUCAGUAAAGCUGACAUUAAGGUUCUAAAAGAUCAAGAAACUGCCUUUCUCGAGCAGGAACUUCAAAGUCAGUCUUCAGACGUGGAUUCUGUGAAAUAUUCUGACGUUUCGACAACACAUACAUCACUUUGUUAUGAACAGAUGCUUGCUUUACAUAAUUCACUAAUUCCUGACCCUGUUCAGACAAAUGUUGAUUCUCCGCAAGCUCCAAGCCUGAAAAUAAUACCAAGAUCUGAUGAAGUGCUUCCUUACCAGGAGACUGAUAGCCCAGUUGGCCCUCCCAUAGUCGAGGAAAGCAUACUUGACGAAAGUGAUGAUGUUCCCUCCACCCCAGUUGGUGAGCUCAUAGAUUUCAGGGGGUUAGGGAAAAUAGAUAAAGCUUUUGUUCCACUGCUGGAAGAAGUCUGUUUGUGGCAUCCUUCGUUGAUUAGCUGCCAGAGGAAAAGAAGUCGUAUGUUUAGUGAAUGGGCAUUCACAGCUUUGGGUCGAGUAUUGCAUUUCUUGAACACCACAAAGGUUAGGGAUAUGAUGGAGGAUUCAUGUGAGCACGAUCCUUGUGAGCAUCUUCAAGUUUUAUGGGAGGAGGUUGAGGCCUUCAAAUUUGACUUGAGUUGGCUGCAGCCUUUUGUUCAAUCAGCUUUGGGAAUGAAGAAGUUUGGGGAGAGGGAAGGAGUAUUGAAGAAACUCGGAGAGGAUGUUGAUGCUUUAGAGACUGAAAUGAGGGGGUUGAGGGAGAGGCUAGCUGUUGCGGAGGUAGCUCACAGGCUUGCAAAAGGAGACCUGGAAAUAGCAGAGGAAAGCUUUGGCGAGGCAAAUAUGAAUAGCAAGCUUGGUUAUGGGAGGCAUUAGUAGCCUUGCUGCAGAAUUCUUUCUUUCAUACUCAGACAUUUGCAAUGUGUGCAAUAUAUCUAAAUGUAAUUCAGCUUUCCGAACGUGUAUCUAUGUAUGAGGGCUGCCUGUACUUAAGCUCAAUACAUAAGAGAAUAAAGGAGGCUGGUUUAGCUUGUAAUCCAUAUUUGAAACCAGUGAGCCGGUCACCAUUUCCAUUCUGGAUCAAACUUCUCGCUCAGAGCAGUGUCAGGUGUGAAGUAGUUUUUACCUUUUACCCUUUAAUUUUGAGUUGUAUGGGAAAUGAACCAGUAAUUGUUACCCUGGAUUUGUGCAACACUGUUUGUGGAAGUGCGCCAUUUUAUUAAGGGUAAAU